CUACAGACUGCUGGGCUGCCGGGGGUAGUCUGGAGGAAGGAGUGAGGUGGGGAGGAGGCACUGCUAAUGGAUCUGUAAGCACCCUCUCUCAGUGUGGUACUUGGAAGACGGCGCAAGGUGGAUCUAUACUCUGAAAUACAGUACGUUUGAUAGUUGAACUCAUCUUCCUUCUUGCGAAAGAAGAGUCUGAUAACUCAGUGCCAAAGCCAAGACAUAAACUCAACCUCUUCGCUUCCAAAAGCUUCGGGUUACACCAUGGAAGCUGUGGCCAAGUUUGAUUUCACUGCCUCAGGUGAGGACGAACUGAGCUUUCACACUGGAGAUGUCCUGAAGAUUUUAAGUAACCAAGAGGAAUGGUUCAAGGCGGAGCUUGGGAGCCAAGAAGGAUAUGUGCCUAAGAAUUUCAUAGACAUCCAGUUUCCAGAAUGGUUUCACGAAGGCCUCUCGCGACACCAGGCAGAGAACUUACUCAUGGGCAAGGAGGUUGGUUUCUUCAUCAUCCGGGCCAGCCAGAGCUCCCCAGGGGACUUCUCCAUCUCUGUCAGGCAUGAGGAUGACGUUCAGCACUUCAAGGUCAUGCGAGACAACAAGGGUAAUUACUUCCUGUGGACUGAGAAGUUCCCAUCCCUAAAUAAGCUGGUGGACUACUAUAGGACGACUUCCAUCUCCAAACAGAAGCAGAUCUUCCUAAGGGACAGAACCAGAGAAGAUCAGGGUCGCCGAGGCAACAGCCUAGACAGAAGGUCCCAAGGAAGCCCGCACCUCAGUGGAGCCAGUGGAGCCGUGGGAGAAGAAAUCCGGCCUUCCAUGAACCGCAAGCUGUCAGAUCACCCGCCAGGGGUCCCCUCACAGCACCAGCACCAGCAGGCACCCCUGCACUAUGCCCCCCCACUGCAGCCCCAGCAGCAGCGCUACCUGCAGCAUCACCACUUUCACCAGGAGCGCCGAGGAGGCAGCCUUGACAUAAACGACGGGCAUUGUGGCACCAGCCUGGGCAGUGAAAUGAAUGCAGCCCUCAUGCAUCGAAGACACACAGACCCGGUGCAGCUGCAAGUGGCAGGGCGAGUGCGGUGGGCCCGGGCCCUGUACGACUUUGAGGCCUUGGCGGACGACGAGCUGGGAUUCCACAGUGGAGAGGUGGUUGAGGUUCUAGACAGCUCCAACCCAUCCUGGUGGACCGGCCGACUGCACAACAAGCUGGGCCUCUUCCCUGCCAACUAUGUGGCACCCAUGAUGAGAUGAACCCUUCAGGGGGCCGGAGGCGUUUUAUCUGAAGCUUCCCACAAGAGGGGACAAGGAAAAAAGGCUAGACUGCUUGACUACAUGCACACACAUAUGUCUAUGUGUGCCUACAUACAUACACGACAUUUUGUAAUAGUAAUUUAUUGGCAACCGGGAUGGCUAAUUAGUUGAUAUGAAAAGGAGCUUGGGUAGAGAAUGAUAUUCAUACUUAUUUUUCUAUUCCCCUCAGGGUUUGCAGAGGGCAGUAGGGGCGGGGAGGGGGGUGCAGGGAAAUCAAA